AUGGGCGGCCUAAUUGCGCUGGGAACCGAUCCCAACGGGGCGCUACCUGCUAAACUGUCCAGGAGCUCAUCGAUGAACAACGAUUCCGAACAUAAAGUAAGCACUCCACCGAAGAAGGUACAUCUCGAAGAAAAUGGAAUCAGUAAGGAGGAGGAGGAUGCUGAAUCUCACAGUCCAACCGAAGCCGAGGAAAGUAAUUUCCGUCAAUUAGUUCAGAAAUCAUCAUUCUACGGGUUAAGAUACGUGUUCGGCAGUGAACUAAAAGUGGUUGAAAAGCUAAUCUGGUUGGUUGUGAUCUUAGCGGCCAUCGCUUGUUAUUCGAUCCUAAUGGUGAUUUGCUGGAAACGUCUUACCAAUAGUUUGGUGGAAAUAAUUCCGGACGAAGAUCCUUCGCCAAUUUCGAGCGUUCCUUUUCCGGCGGUUACAAUCUGUGGCCAGUGGGGGGAUGCUAUUCCUGAUGAUAGAAAAAGUGGCUGUCUUGCACGGAUUGUGCCGCUGGAGCGUUUUUGCUCACAGAUUUGCUGGCACAAUCAGUGCGAUGUUUGUCGAUCGUUAUUUACGGAAACUCUUACGGAGAAUGGAGCUUGCUUUACGUUCAAUAACGUAGCGGCAAACGAUUUGUUCAACUCAGCAGAACUGGCACCAGAUUUAUUCUUUUCCAACGCAUCCAAACCGACCGAGAACUGGAGCUUGCAGAACGGUUAUGCAGAUUACGGCCUGUUUCUCAAAUAUUACCCAAGACCUGCAGUGGAUUUGUCGGAGAAAUACCGACUUCGAUUGAAGUUGCAUUUCAAUCAAACAUCCGGCAACUCAAGCUGUCCCAGUUUAAGUGCUGUCACUGUAUAUUUACACAAUCCUGUUGAUUUUCCAUACAAAGCAAAAAGUGCAAUGUUUGUUGAACCAGGGCAGAAGGUAGAUGUUUCAAUUAAACCGCUGGUAAAACUAUCACCAAAUGUAUUAAAAUACUAUCCAGCAGAAAGUGCCAAGUGCUACUUCGAAGGACAACGAAAGUUGCGCUUCUUCAAAAUUUACACCCAAGAAAACUGUGAAUUAGAGUGCCGAACGAAUUAUUUUCUCGAGAAGAAAAAAUGUGUUUUGGCCUACAUGCCGAGGGCAGCUGGAACUAAGUUGUGCCGAAACAGUUUCCAGUGGGAGGAUCAGUUCGACAAAGAUGCACUGCUGCUUGCUAAAGCCGAAAAAUUCCCUCUAUCAAAGUAUUUUGUAAACACUUGCAAAUGCCUGCCAUCGUGCAGCCAAAUAGGCUAUGACAAGGAGGUGUCACAAACUGUACCCGACGGUAACUUUUCUGAUAUUGUAAUUCAUUAUACAGAAGAUUACUUUUACGGAUACAAGAGAACAAUUCGCUACGGGUUAGUGGACUUUAUAGCAUACACCGGAGGACUACUUUCACUGUUUUUAGGGAUAUCCGCCAUCACUUUCAUAGAGUUAUUAUAUUACUGCAUGCUACGACCGUUGUUCAUGUAA